GUUCCAGCGCCCUCGGAAGCUCCGGGCCCCACAAACCACAUGGCACCCGCUUUCUACCACUACCUGCAGGUGCCCAUGGACGAGAAAUGGCAGGAGCAGGGCCGGGGCAUCCGCCCGCGGUACCUGGCGGCCGCGGCCCUGGUGCUCCUGUUGCAGGCGGUCUUGGUCGCCCUGCUGAUCUACUUCGCCGUCAGGGCGAACAGCGAGGCCUGCAGGGACGGGCUGCGGGCGCAGGAAGAGUGCCGCAACACCACGCACCUGCUGCAGCGCCAGCUCACCCGCGCCCAGGACAGCCUGCUGCAGGCGGAGACGCAGGCCGACUCCUGCAACCGGACCGUGGUGACCCUUCAGGACUCCUUGGAGAAGAAGGUGUCUCAGGUCCGGGAGCAGCAGGCCCGCAUCCAGGAGCUUGAGGGCAAGGUCAUGACGCUGAACCAGGAGCUGGAGAAGCUGAGGACCGCAGAGGAAGCUUCUGGAACACUGCAGAACUCUGCCAGCUCCACGGUGGUCCCCAGCCUACUGAUGCUCACAGCGCUGCUGAUCCUGCCCUUCUGAGGAUCCAGUGCUCUGGGCCACAGCCUGUUUUGACACAGAUGCGGUUGCACCUGUUUGAAGUCGCUGGGGAUCACGGUGGCUCUGGAGGAAUCGCGGCAGCCUCGAGGAUGUAGAAGCCACCUGGUGGAGCCUGGAUUGUACCUCCCUCCCCGCCUUACGACCGGGGACGGCGAGGGGUGCACCUCCUUGUUUGUUUUCAUGGUUAUUGGGGAGGGGUCCCUUAGUUCUGGUGUUUUCGAGUUCCGAAAAAUAAUUUGGAAAGAAAACUUGCUUCUAAGUUGCUAGUGUCAUUGGGUCCCCUGCUUCCCUGCCCUGCUUCCCACCUCUUGUAUAUUAUUAACGGACCAGCCUUAAUUAUAUCCUUCCCAGGGGCUCAGGAGAGAGACCAUGAACGGCGAGGACUAUUUUCAGGAAAAAGAAUCUCAGCACAACGAGCUCUUUGUCCGUCUACUUUUUCCCUCUGGGAUAACAUCCUGUCUGCACAGCUUCAGUUCUGUUCUCGUGCCUAGCUCCUUCCUUGCCUGAUUUC